ACCACAGAUGCCAGUGCUCAGAGGCAGCAAGUGGGACUGAGAUCUGAUUCUGUGCCCAGGACUGGAUGCUGGCAUGGCCCUGCAGUUUCUGGCUCUGAACUUUCUCCUGGUCCUUUUUCCUCUGCUGGCAGCACAGGGCCAGGAAGAACCUGAUUCCCUGGUCCAAGGAGCACCCCAAGGAACAGAAACAUGCAAAAGGCCCCGGUGGGACCCAGGACUCCAUCUGGAACCAGAUCUGCAGGAGUAUAAGAAAAAUGAAGAAGUGAUGUUGAGCUGCCCUGAGGGUUUACAGCCAUCCUACACCCAAGUCAGAUGUUCAAGAGAAGUGCAGAUCAUCAUUAAUGGGAAACCUGUUUACAGGGAAGUUUGGCUGGGAAGAGCCAGCAGUGGUUCCUGGAUCCGCAUUCGGUCCAGAGUGGAGUGUGUGGAGGUGCUAGAAGUUGUCCCUGCGACCCUGGAGGUUUCCAGCACCAGCAUCAAACUGAACUGGACCUGCAGAUUCCCUGAUGCCUGCCAGCACGUGCAGGCCACAUGCCGGCUGGCAGGGCCUUCCUCACCUCCUUGUGAGGCUGAGGAGGUCACUGGAGUGGAGCUCCUACACGGACAGAGGGGAACAUUCACCUGUCCUCCCCUGCAGCCCUUCACUGACUACACUGUCACCAUCUCGGUGCCCCCCAGCACAGUCCUGUUUUCAUGGAUGAUCAGGACAAAAGAAACAGUGCCGCAGAAGCCGGAGCAGCUGCAGCUGGAUGCCAGAACGGGAACCCUCAGGUGGAAGGCGCUGCCCUCCUGCCAAGGGGAGAUCGUUGGGUACCAGCUGAACGUCACGGCCAGGGCCUUGCAGGACGGCGGCUUCCUGCAGAUCGAGCGGCUGAGGCUGAGCAGCCAGACCACGGAGCACCCACUGCCCGCCUACGGCCCCGGCACCACAUAUGCGGUGGCCGUGCGGGGCCUCACAGCCGUGGGUCCCGGAGCUGCAUCACAGUUUCACACCAGCGGCUCAGAGACGCCCGAUGGCUGCUCCCGCCUCCUGCUCCAUACCUCUCCAUCUCAGGGCACAGCCGUGCUUCCCCUGCACCCCAUCUCCCAGCACCCUGAGGCAGCGAGUGAGCACCAGCUGCUCGUGGCGGUGACACACAACAGCACGGGGCUGGAAGACGCCUGCUCGGGGGAGCUGCAGCCCUCCAACCACAGCCACCCUGCUGACCCCUACGUGGCCGCCGUGCUCAACCUCAGCGCGCCCACGGACUUCGUGCUGGGUGACGGGGCCCGCGGGCACGGCUUCCACAACGCUCCCCUGCACCCAGGAUGGGAUUACACCGCCCUGCUGCGCCUCGCCCGGCGCUCACCGCAGGCGGAGACGUUCACCUGCGUGUGCUACAGCUUCUCCAUGGUUUCAGGUCAGCCACCAUGGCCAGGGAUUGUGAUUGGAGUGGUUGUGCUUUUGGUGCUGAUCCUCCUGUUUGCAGGCAUCAUGUGGUUUGUGCAGUCCAGGAGAAGGAAGGCUGUGUCCAUCAAAGCUAAGGAGAGUAAUUAAAAAGAUAGAGAAAAAUUGGAGCCAGGAGAUCCUGACCUUUGGGAGAAUCAUAUGCUCAUCCUCUUCUUGGACAUGUCCCCUUGUGCCCCAGCCAGGCUGGAAAGCUGCUCUCCCAGCUCCCGCCUGUAGUUCUUGUCAGAGUAACAGCAGUGAUACAGAGAAGAUGUGGUUGCACUUGAAUCAACACUGGCUCUCCUGUGACCAUCACCAGACUAAGUCUCCUAUCCAUUUCAGCAGAGCAGGUGGAAAGCAGGAAGGAGGGUCGUAAACUUUUUAUUCUCAGCUUUUAUUUACCCUUGUAAGUUCUGUAAUUUUUCAAUGGGAUUUUCUGCAGUUUCAUUUUUUAGACUUUGCCUUUGUUUUCUUGACUGUGAGCAUUGUACACAGAAAUUCCCAGAGGGGUUCGGGCUGAAGGAUGCUUUGUGCUUCUGCCAUGUCCUGGGUUCCUCACUCAAUCUCCCCCCUAUGCUGAAAUCCACUCAAACCCAGUGCUCUGCUUGAGCUUGAUGUGACUGCAUU